AUGAGCGUAAAGUCGACAGCAGAUUUAAUUUCACGAUUUUCGAUCGGAAUUCAUCCUGAGGAUCAUCCUUUUAUGAGGGAUGAAGUCGGAAGAAAAGUCAGAGAAGCGUCAGUCAUUACAGAACAUGGGUUGGGGAGAGAUUUAGAACAUUUGGGAAACGGGGAUGGUGAUAAAGACAAAGAUAAAAACGCCGAGUCGGAGGAGAACGUGAAGACAAUAAAUGAAGAGGUUGAGAACACGGAUGUUGAGAAGGUACAGGAGGAAGAUGAAAGAAAAACGAAUGACAACAAUGCCGGUGAGAGUGAGGCGAAGAACGACACAGCGAAAAUUGAGAAACUAGUAGUUAAAUCCGACCAAGAAAGCGAAACAUACCUCUCUACUUCAACAACGGCUGGCGACUCGAGAAAAAGGCAAGAUGGCACACCCGAGACGAAAGAAAUAAAUGCCUCUCCCCCUUCAAUAACCUCAAACUUUACAUCCGCCGCUACAAUGGAAAAAUCUGAUCGCCUUUAUGCCGCCGAGUUAGCCAACCUCACUGGUUUUUCUUCAUUUCAUGCCAAGAAAGAUAGUCCGACCGAGUCUUCAUCCAACUCUCCGAACACACGAACAAGACUAUUGAAUAUAGCUACAUCAGCUAUUGCUCGUGAUGAAGAGCAAAAAGGUUAUGGACACACGAAUGGAGAUGACUAUGAGAUUGACGAGAGACAAAAGGAAUUCGGUGUUACAAUGAAGCAAGAAAAUUAUAGGGUGGACGAAGAUGGAAGCAGAAAUGCUGAUAAAAGAGUUACUAUGAGGAAUAAUUUGGACAGAAUCGAUGUCAGCCGACGAGAGCCUGAUUACCGACGUUACGAAGCGCUCCACGGUAGUCCCUACCGUAGCUCAGUAUCCCGACGGGACGACGGUCGCGGGGACUACUUUGAUCAACCACCUUCGCCAAUACAGUAUUCGAAUCAUCACCAAGGCCUUUAUGAUUUCGAACCUGACGAUCUUAAAUCUGCUCCCUCCUCUGCUCUUUCAAGCUCGCCUUUAUCGCGGUUUAUAUCUCACCCAUCUGAACCCAUUCGACGCGGUAAUAUGUCACCCACGCGAUAUCCUCAAUCUCCGUCUGAGCGCAGUCGGUAUGUAGAUAAUGAAGAUGAUGGAGAAUAUACGGUGUAUGAUCAUGUUAUAAGGCGCAGGGAACCUGAUAUACAACAGCAACAGUAUGGAUACGAAAGGUAUCCGCGAAAAGAGGUUGUGAAUGUGCCGUCGUCUACUUACAGAGAAAGAUCACCGGAAAGAGGUUAUGAUGCCUAUUCGCGAAGAGCGUAUACUAUGGAAUUGCCGAAGAAAGAUGGUUACGUUGCUGUCAUCAGAGACAAGUUUAUGGCGUCUGGGAAUGCUGAUCGGCGUGUGUCCUCGCCGCCAAGUUCCUCAUCGGAACUUCCAGCCACAUCAUACGGCCGUGUGAGUGAUAUGGCCGCUCGCUUCAGUGGAGAGCAUCGAAGUAUUCCUGUAUCCACUCAUAAAGACUACCAUCGAUAUAGCUUCUCUCCAACCGAGUAUUCCACAACACAAAACCGGGCGUAUAGGGAUGAUGAGGGAAGUCGGUAUCAGGAGCAUCACAUCCAACAUUCUCGACCUCGGCAUAGACAUCACAUUUCAGCAGGAGCCCUUGGGGCUUUAUUUUCCCUAGCGGUCACUUAUCCCUUAGACAUCAUAAAAACUCGCCUCCAGGUACAAUCAAAAUCUCUCUCAUCAAGCACGCCAUAUUACGACUCAACUUUUGAUGCAAUACAACAAAUCGUAAAAUCAGAAGGCCUACUCGGCUUAUACACUGGCCUGCCAGCUGGUCUGAUUGGCGUUGCAUCUACUAAUUUUGCGUAUUUUUACUGGUAUUCUUUCAUCCGUACACGCUAUCAACGGAGGUACCCAACCAUUUCUACCGCUGCCGAGCUGCUAUUAAGUGCUCUGGCUGCAAUACUGGCUCAAAUAUUUACCAUUCCAGUAUCAGUAGUAACUACGCGUCAACAAACAGCAGAUAAAGAGGAGAGACGAGACUUGUUAGGGACAGCGGAAGAGAUUAUAAGUGAAGAUGGGAUAACCGGAUUAUGGAAGGGACUAAAACCUUCCAUGGUGUUAUGUGUAAAUCCAGCCAUUACUUACGGAAUGUUUGAGCGAUUGAAGUCAAUUGGAUCAAAAGAUGGUGAUCUUUCACCAAGAAUGGCUUUCCUGUUAGGUGCUUUGAGUAAGACUAUAGCAACUGUUGUGACGUAUCCUUAUAUUAUGGCAAAAGUGAGGCUGCAGUGGAAAUUACCGAAAUCAUCGGUAGAGAAGCUUGAAGACGAGAUUGAACUCGAGGAAAGUGAUUAUGAGGACAGAUCGACGGAGAAGAGAAAGGGAGUUAUCAGCAAGAAACAGGACGUGAGAUACAACGGAGCAAUAGACGUAUUGAAGAAAGUUUGGAUUGCUGACGGAUUUUUUGGUUGGUACAAGGGAAUGCAGGCGCAAAUUACCAAGGCUGUAUUAUCACAGGCCCUAUUAUUUUGGGUCAAGGAAUAUACUACAAAAUACACAAUACUUUUGUUUGCGUUAUUUGCAAGAUUAGCCGUUAAUAGGCGAGUCACUUCACAAAAGACUUAA